GUCACCAGCAAGUUAACUGAUUAUGUAGGUCACAUAAAAGAAUGUUAGAAGGCCCUCAAGUUUUCGAGAUUUCAUGACAUCGUCUAUGUUAGAUAUCUGUUUCAUUGUUUUGUUAAAUAUGUCUUGUUUUUCGCCAUGUUAUUUUCCUCUGGACACACAGCUAGAUAUUGACCAUUGUUAGUUUAUUUUACUGAUUUUGCAUGGGACUGACGCAAAUAUAUUUGGGCGUAAUGUGCGAAACACGACGAUGCUUUGUCGUCAUUUAGUUGUAUCACGGAAUUUUGUCAGGAACGAAUUAUAGAUAGUGGUCUGCAAUAAUAAUUUCUUCAGUGAUAUUGCAAGAGUGACUUCCCUUUGACGUAUUCAGGAAGAAGAAUGAGCAAGAAGUUUGCUACAACUGUCUAAAAAUUGAUGCAAGACCAACUUUGUAAUUAAAAGAUGAUGAGAUACAUAGUACCAGAGUUGUCAUGGUGACAGAUGGAGAACUACACAGAAUGCAUCAACAGUGACUGUGUUGGUAUUGGCGUACCAGCAUAUCACGGCAGAUGUCAGAUGUGUCACCAUGCUCAUUAUAAUCCAUUGCCAGAAAUCAGUAUAAGUGAUGUUUCCCAACAAGACUUGACAGUUGAAUCUGACCCUGUUGCUCCAUUCAAGUGCUUGAUAGAAAAUUGUCCUCAUUUUGGGAGCAUUGAUAAAGGACAUUUAUGCAAUGAAUGUUACAAUACUCAUCCUCACAGAUGCAACACACUUCACUGUGAAAAUGUCAGUCUUGCUAAGAAUGACUAUUUAUGUAAAGACUGUCUUGAAAAACGUAAGAAAUAUUCACAGUUGGAAGGUGAAGGACAUUCCACUGGAACAUUUCAAGGUCAAGGACAUUCCACUGGAACAUUUCAAGGUCAAGGACAUUCCAAGGGCACAGGUUCUGAAGAUGGAGCAAGUGGAACAUCCCGAGAGUGGAGCCAUGUCAGACCUGGUGAAGAAACUCAGUAUGUGAACCCUGUGUGGAGAAAGUGUCUUACUGCGGGCUGUGGCAAUUCAGGUACUAGUGCCAAUGGACUUUGUCUUCAGUGCUACUUGAGGCAAGUUGACAGUGAGGGGCAGGUGUCUGCAUUCCAUGUGUGUCCUGUGACUGGUUGCAACGAGUCAGGAUAUCAAAAGUUGCAUGGUUUUUGCAGAAAAUGUUACAGUGCUGGUAAGAUCAUGGAUAAGAUGGUAAUAAAGAAGUCUUCUGUGGCUGAACAUGCUCAAAAGGGUGAAAUAAAAUGCACCACAAAAAACUGUGAUUUUUUCGGCCUAGAAGAACAGAAUGGUCAAUGCAGCAGUUGUUUCAAUAAGUAUCUGGAUACUUUAACAAUGGGUGCUCCAAGUCUUCCUCAAACUGCUGGAAAUGACUCCUUAUCAAGUCGAUGUAGAACCCUUGGCUGUGAGUUUUUUGGUACCCCAGAAAGGCAUGAUCUGUGCAGCAGCUGUUUCAGAAAGACAGGCAGAAGGGAGAGAAGUCGUCAUGCCAGUGGCCCCCCAGGGUACCUGAAUCGGGCCCCUGCACUGCUGAAUCUGCUUGGCAAAAGCAGCAGCAACAACAACAACAACAACGUCUCUAGCGCGUCUGGUGAUACCACUCUCAACAGAAGUCAGGUCCAGGGUGUGGAAUCCCGACCUGGAGGUCCUUCCAGCAGAGCUCAUCCAGGAGCAUCUGAUUCUACCAACACGAACACUAUUGUAAUACCAGAUAUUCAUGAGCCCGUCAACUCGGAUGAACUGUUUGGAGAAGGACCCGACAGAAGCAGACCAACGAUAAAUAUGAAAAGAUCUUACAGCUCACCAUCCGGGUUUACCGUGAGUGAAAAGGAAUGCCAGAGGACGUGUGGGCGGAAAUGUGUGGCUGAAUGUGAACCUUAUUGCAUGAGCUGUUACGAAGAUUUGAAACUGCAGCCACCCAGCAAGACUCAGCAACACCUCCUAGGGUCGUGUUUCCGCGCUGACCUUCGGUUUGCUAGUAAUCCUUCUCUGUCGUCUCUGUCAGAUGUGUGCGAGUCCCCAAGAUGUGACAAGCCUGUGUCUGGCUUGGCCUACCCGCUGUGUCAAGGCUGUGCAGAGCAAGGUCAAGAGAGUAAGGCCAGACCAAAUGGAGCUGAUGAAGGUCGAGAUAAGAAUGACCCCGAGUCAGGGGAAGGUGAACAAUCUGAUGGCUUGUUGCCUGAAAAGAAGAUGAUAUCUUUGAAGCCUUUGUCCUUGAUGCAGACAGACCUGUGCAGCAUCAAGUGUGAUUUCAUCAUCUGUCUGUGGAAUAAACACAAUAUUGAAACCGGAAACCAUCCAUUGCUGGAUAAGAUUGGAGAAGUGACUCAGACCCGAGAUGUUUUUAAAACGUCUCUCUCACACAACAAGGUGUUUGAGACAAGUGGAGGCCUGUCAAAGGCUGGUAGUGUGUUUCACUGUAAAUAUGACCAUGCAGUGGACAUACAGGUGGCCAAUGCCCUACUCAGGUGUGUCAAGCAGGGAGAAGCGGAGGCCAGUAAGAAGGCCACACAGAAAACCACACAGAAGGCCACACAAAAUACUGUCAUGCUGUUUCCAGUUGCCUACAUGGAGGACCUGCGAGGAGAUCCGGCCAUGUCCACCCGAGUGAGCAUGUACGUGAUAUCUUACAUCCAGAGUGUCACCGGCUUCACACAGAUGCUCAGCAAGUUCUGGCUCUGUGUCGACUCCCCCGACACCAGCAACAAAUGUAAAGAAGAAUACAUCAGAGUCAAGGAGGAGAAGAACAAAGAUAUACAUAAAACCAAUCAAUCAGGUUGUCACCAGUGCAAGAAUUCUCCAGCAGCCAAGUUGAAGCCCUUAUCUGAGACAUGUACGGAUCACUGUGCAGUGUUUUGUAUCCAGUGUUUGAAGAUCGGCCGCCGUGACCGGCUACACUGUCCCCGACAUGGUCCAUGCUUCUCCCCAAUAGGCCAUGAAAACACAUAUGCCAUUCUUGUGGCUGGGCUUGACAAAUCUCCCAAAGUAACGGAACUGUUUGUCAAGGAUGCUGAGUACCUGAGCAGGGCAUUGCAGAGUGAGGACAUCAUCGGAAUCAGGAAGGAGAACAUACGGGUCAUCACCCCUGCUACAGAAGGAUCCAUGUACGAAAAGGUGACAAAAGCUUUCUCCACUCUGCAGAAAAAGAUCCACCAAAACCAGGGCCCAUCUUUCUUCUAUUUCUUCUAUUCUGGGCACAACGACAAGACGUCACUGAAACUGGGGAAAGGUAACGAUACAAUCACCCCGAGGAGAUUGAAACGAGAACUCAGCAAGCUGGACGUGGAGAAGAUUGUGAUCAUUCUGGAUUGUUGCUACAGCGCCGGAGCAGACAUGACAGUCGAGGUUGACGAAGAGGAUUUCUCGUUGUCAAUAGGUAGCUGCUCAAAAGAUGACACCGAACCGGAAAUAUAUGUUCCCAAAUUGUGGAAUCUAGAGGAAACAGAGGAGUCUGGGUCAAAAGGAGGAGACACCUGCGCGUCCCAGUGGUCAUCGUCCAUGAGUGAGGAGAAGUCCUACUUUGGCCAUGAACAAAGCUUCUUCACGUGUAGCAUUGUGAAAGCAUUGAAUGCAAAGUGUCCCCUUGACAAAGAUCGCUGUGGGCAGUGUCAACAGUUCAGACAAGAAGUGAUGAGGGCAGAUGGAGUGUUCUUGAAGACAGUUCAUGAAAGCGUGGAUUACCACGUUCAGAUGCUGGCACAGAAGAAGUACAGACAACAACAUCCUCAGCUCGAGGGCAGCCAUGAUGAUGUCCUCCUUGCAUUCCAUCGUUUCUGAACAUGAUGGUCUGUAGGACUGAAACACAAAGUGAUUGUAGAGCGAGGGCUACCAGUGCUCUAGGCUGAAGUAUGGGAGU